AUGGCGUCCGAUCUCUACGUAGCUGCUGUAAAAGGGGAUGUGCCUUAUUUGCUUGAGUUGCUCGCAAAAGAUCAGCUGCUUCUCAAUAAAAACAUGACUGAGAAUCAAGCUGAGACUCCUUUGCACAUUGCAGCCAUGCUCGGACACUUGGAUUUCGUGGAAGAGAUCCUGGCUCGGAAGGCUGAGCUGGCAAAAGAUCAAGAUUCUCAGGGAUCAACCCCUCUUCAUCUCGCAGCAGCAAAAGGGUACCUUAACAUAGUGGUAAGCUUGUUAAGAGUCAACCCUGAUAUGUGCAAUGUUUGUGACAUAUACAAAAGAAACCCUCUUCAUGUUGCGGCCAUGAAAGGCCAUGUGGCUGUGUUGGAAUACUUAGUUCAAAAGAGACCUAAUGCAGCCCAUAGUUCCGUCGAACAUGGCCAGACAAUCCUGCAUUUAUGCUUGAUGCAUAACAGACUGGAAGCUUUGAAAUUUUUGAUAGAUAUCUUACCUAGUGAUCUCAUCAACUCAAGGGACCAACGUGGUAACACGAUUUUGCAUUUGGCUGCUACAUAUGGAGAAACUAAGACUAUGCUCUUCUUGACUAAUAAAGGAGUCAAACCAAACAUUAAGAAUUUCAGAGGUUUCACAGCACUCGACCUAUUAGCACAAGGCGAAAGCGAGGAAAGAAAGAGAAAGUGGCAAAACAAUAUGCAUAAGACGCUGAUGGUGGUAGCGGCAUUGCUAGCUACCAUGGCAUUCCAAGCCACUAUUACCCCACCAAGUGGCCUUUCUAAAGGAAAUUCCCGGAGUGAUAAAGAAAAUAUAGCACCUAGUGCAAGCAAUGAGCUCUCGCAUUUGUACAGGAGUUUCAUAUCAUGUAACACGAUAAGCUUCAUCGCAUCACUUAGCAUUGUUAUGAUUUUCAUAAGCGGUCUUCCUUUAAAGCGGCAUCGGAUCAUCACAUGGAUUGCAAUGUUGGUUACGUGGGUUGCGAUAACCUUCAUGGCGACAAGUUAUUUCAUCUCCGUAUCCGUCUCCGAUCAGGCGGAGGAACAUAUGCUAGCUUUCGAAAUUGGAUUAGUAGUGCUAGCUUUUCUUUUUCUGUGCCACUUUAUUCGCUUAAUCCUGAAAUUGGUACGCAAGGUCCUAUAUUUCGUCCGCGAACGCUGGACACAGCGCAGGCCAGGGGGUGAUGCGGUUUAG